ACCUGGAAGAAUCUAUUCGUUUCAUCACGAAUUUUCGGCCACAAAGUACUCAUCACUUGGUAACAAUGGAAAAAUUUUCAAACCCCGAGUUCCUGAGGGAAUUUAUUGAGUUGUACCAGUCUUUUCCAUGUUUGUGGAAAGUAAAAUCGGGGGACUACAUGAACAGGAUCAAACGUGACAAGGCAUAUGCAGAAUUGAUAAGCCUCUGCAAAUCUGUUUGCUCGUCGGCCGAUCUUCAACAUGUAAAGACGAAGAUAGCAAAUUUAAGGACUGUUUUUAAAAAAGAAAUGAACAAAGUACAGGCCUCAAAAAAAUCAGGUGCCUCUGCGGAUGACAUCUAUGUGCCAAGAUUGUGGUACUAUGAUCUGCUAGUGUUCACAGUGGAUCAAGAGGUGGCAAGGGACUCCAGGUCCAACUUUUCAAAUCAGGGCUUGGAAAAACAACAAUCGACUGAGGCUAGCCCAGCAGAGGAUGUGACAGCACAGAGUAGCAGAGCUGCAGAUAUAGAAGUUGAGGACCAAACAGAACAUCUGGCCCAGAUUCCACAGAGCAGUACUUUGAUAGAAGAAGGUAGUCAACAUGAAAUGGCAGGUGCAAAGGGUUCACAGGGUAGAAACAGAAAAAGAAAAAACAAUCCCUCCACACAACAGCUGUUACACGAUGCAGAAACCUUACUGAACACAAAGUCUGAUGAGUUUGACGCCAUUGGUUUUACAGUUGCGUCCAAACUCAGAAGGAUGGACGAAGAGCAGCGGCAAUUUGCCGAAUAUAUCAUUAAUGAAGCGCUGCAUAGAGGGUUUAGGAAAACACUUCGUGAAAGCACAAGACUCACAGACUACACCACUACUGAUUACAGGAAUUACAACAGUUUUCCGCAAGCACCAUUACAACAGUAUCCCCCAAAUGCAAACAUGCACCAGAUAUGUACACCGCCUUCCGCUUCUCCAUACGAGCAGCAAACUACAUGGACAUCCAUGCUGUCACCUAUACCCCCAAACAAUGGACACAACAACAUGUCUAGCUGCGAGACGGAGAAGCAACAUUUGAAUUAUUCACAUCUGUGAACCAGCUAUUGUGGACCUGGACUUAUUAUUGUGGACCUGGACU